UCUCUUCCCGCGGAACUAAAGGGAGGAAUCCAGGAUGGCAUAUGUUGCUAGGAGUGAGGAUCAACUGUGCUCCGAGCAGUUCGGCUCCGGGACGGCCCGGGGCUGCCGCGCCGCCGCCGACGGGAGCUUGCAGUGGGAGGCCUGGGGGCGGCGCUGGUGGGGGUUCUCCGGGGCCCUCACAGCGAAACCCGGAGGACGAGAUGGGGGCGAAAGGGUGGCUCCCGGGACUGCCGUCCCACCUCUUUCCCGGCUCCUGGCUGUCUUCCUGCCUCAGGGCUUCCCCGAUAGCGUCAGCCCGGACUAUCUGCCCUACCAGCUGUGGGAUUCCGUGCAGGCCUUUGCUUCCAGCCUCUCGGGUUCCCUGGCCACCCACGCAGUCUUGCUGGGCAUAGGGGUAGGGGACGCAAAAGCCUCAGUUUCAGCUGCCACGGCCACCUGGCUCGUGAAAGAUUCAACUGGCAUGCUGGGCCGCAUCAUCUUUGCCUGGUGGAUGGGGAGCAAAAUGGACUGUAAUGCCAAGCAGUGGAGGCUUUUUGCCGACAUCCUCAAUGAUGUGGCCAUGUUCCUCGAGAUUAUGGCUCCCAUAUUUCCCGUGUGUUUCACCAUGACCAUCUGCAUCAGCAAUCUGGCCAAGUGCAUUGUGGGCGUGGCUGGUGGGGCCACUCGGGCAGCACUGACCAUGCAUCAGGCCCGGAGAAACAACAUGGCCGACGUGUCAGCCAAGGACGGCAGCCAGGAGACGCUGGUAAGCCUGGCAGGGCUCCUGGUCAGCCUCUUGAUGCUUCCCCUGGUGUCAGAUUGCCCUAGCUUAAGCCUUGGCUGCUUCUUCUUCCUCACUGCCCUCCACAUCUAUGCCAACUACCGGGCAGUCCGGGCCCUUGUCAUAGAGACCUUGAACGAAGGCCGGCUCUGGCUGGUCCUGAAGCACUUCCUUCAGCGGGGAGAGGUACUUGGCCCCGCUUCAGCCAAUCAGAUGGAGCCGCUGUGGACAGGUUUCUGGCCAUCUCUGUCUCUGUCCCUGGGGGUCCCCCUGCACCGUGUGACUUCCAGUGUCUUUGAGCUGCAAAAGCUGGUUGAGGGGCACCAAGAACCCUACCUCCUUCGCUGGGACCAGUCACAAAACCAGGUCCAGGUUGUCCUGAGCCAGAUGGCAGGCCCUGAGACCAUUCUAAGGGCUGCCACUCACGGACUGGUGCUUGGAGCCCUGCAGGGAGAUGGACCCCUCCCGGGAGAGCUGGAGGAACUGAGGAACCGAGUACGGGCUGGUCCCGAGAAAGAGAGCUGCGUCAUCGUCAGGGAGACCCACCAAGUGUUGGACAAGCUAUUUCCAAAGUUCUUAAAAGGACUGCAGGAUGCGGGCUGGAGGACUGAGAAUCACCAGCUUGAGGUGGAUGAGUGGAGGGCCACGUGGCUCCUGUGUCCAGAAAAGAAGCUCUUGUGAGCAGCCCAGCCAGAGGCCCAGGUCCCAGGACAGGAGCCUGGAGCGAGGACACUUUGGCCACAGCAGGACCUGGGAAAGGCAGCUUUAUUUUUGCUUAGGGGCACCGAUGUGGCCAGUUGGCCAAGGAAGUGACUACCAAUCAGAUGGACUGGGCCCCAGGCAGAGACAAGGUAGAGAGAAGGAGUACCAGGGCCUUCCCCCCGCACUCUCCUGCCCCAGGCCCUUCUCACCACUGCAGGCUCCCCACCCCCACUCACUGCAAGACUGUGGCUCCUGGUGCCCGACACAGUUGACCUCAGGCGUAAAAGCCCCAGAGGAACGUGGCCACGGCCAUCAUGAGCAGGGCAUUGAGGUUGACGACGCGGGCCCAGCUUGGGUCCUCACUGAUGUCCUCCAGUCGCCUGGCUGCGGCAGCCGUCUCCUCCUGGGUAGGGCGUGGGGGACUGCCCGCCCCACCCCUGCUCAUUCCACAGAACCAGAGCAGGCACUGGCGGAACAGGCCUGGCGCUGGGGACGGGGGCUCUGGGAGACA